AAACCUGCCAAUACAAACGUUUAUAUUAGUCAAAUUGGUAAUAAAGAAUUAUUUCCUCCAACCGUUUCACCAGUAACAACAAAGUCAAAAACAUAUAAUUCAGUUGAAUGGAAAACUUUAAAUCAAUCACUACUAAAUGCAAAAAGACAAAAUAAAAUUAACCAAGACUGGGCAGAAGUUUAUAGUAAAUUCUUUCAAUUCAAAUUGAUAUAUGAUUCUGUCCAAAAAAAAUCUUUUGAUUUUCAAACGCAAAAAGAUAAUGAAAUAAAUAGUAUGAUCAAACAAUCUAUUCCCAGUGGAUGUAGCACAAAAAUAUCACGUUGGAGGAAGGCUUACAAUUUGGUCGUGCUUGUAAUAGAAAAAAGUAAUGAUAUUUGUCUUGAAGAUUUUCUUGAAGAAAUAAGAGAUUUGAAUAUUACAUUUAAUUAUCUUCAAGAAGUUGAGCCAGCGGAAUUUAUGACUUUGCUUAAUAAAAUAGUAGAAAAUUACAAGCUAAAAAUAGAAAUUCAAUAA